GGGGGAAGCUGCUUGAACAAUGCAGGCGGCGAUUAUGCUUCGAUAAAGAAGGCGAACAGUUAUUUUCAUGUAGAUUACAGGAGCUGCAGGUUUUGGUGUCAAAUUUUAAACCCUCUCAUAUUAUGCCAAGGAUAGAAUCCGGAGCCGUCCUGUGCGACAUGUCGUUAAAUAUCAUCGAGCCAGCAUCUGGAAUCUCAGAUUAUCAGCGGUCAGGUAGCCAACUGCUAAAUGACAUGUCCCUUUCCGGUAAACCAGCAUUCGCAGAAAGCACCCAGGUUGUAGUAAGGUUGAAUAAUAGUUCUGUGGAUGAAACAGACGCUGAUGGCUUGGAAUCCGGAAUGGUAGUUGAUGAAAUAUCAAAAAAGAUUGAAGUACCGGAGAAAAGAAAUGAAGAUGUGCUUCAGAUAGUCACACAGAGCUUAGGCUCUGCUGACCCAAAAUUCUGCACCACAAAUAAAGAUGAUGAGAUCAAACUGAGAAUGGAAGGUCCAAAUUGCCCAGAACAGCCACCAAUUACUGUACACCGGAUGUUCAUGGAGUCUAUUGAAAAGUAUGGUGAUUAUAUGGCCCUUGCAUCAAAGCACGGUGAACAGUGGAAGACGAUAACGUUUAAGCAGUACUAUAAUGAAUGCAGAGAUGCUGCAAAAAGCUUUCUGAAGCUUGGACUCCAACGUUUCCAUGGUGUUGGAAUCCUUGGUUUCAAUUCUCCAGAGUGGUUCAUUGCAGACAUUGGAGCAAUCCUGGCAGGUGGACUGGCUGUCGGAAUCUAUACUACAAAUUCACCUGAAGCCUGUCACUAUGUAGCAAGUGAUAGUCAAGCUAAUAUCAUGGUCGUAGAGAACAACAAACAACUACAGAAGAUCCUGCAGAUUCAGGAUCGGCUUCCGCACCUCAAAGCAAUUGUGCAGUACAAGGAUGAACUGAAGGAGAAGAGACCAAAUCUUUACACUUGGGCAGAAUUCAUGCAGCUUGGGAAGGAUGUGCCCGACUCACAACUUGACGAGAUCAUUGCCUCCCAGAAACCGAAUCAAUGUUGCACGCUCAUCUAUACUUCGGGGACUACUGGACUGCCAAAGGGAGUCAUGCUGAGCCAUGAUAAUCUAACAUGGACAGCUUAUGCAGCAGGAAAUAUGGUGAAUCUGCGACCAGCUACUGAGAGUCAAGAAGCAAUUGUUAGUUACCUGCCACUUAGUCAUAUUGCUGCACAAAUGAUUGACAUCUGGUUGUCCAUAAAGUUUGGAGGAACCAUUUAUUUUGCACAACCUGAUGCACUGAAGGGCUCUUUGGUGAUGACGAUGAAGGAGGUGCAUCCUACAGCAUUUAUGGGUGUGCCUCGUGUCUGGGAGAAGAUGCAAGAGAAAAUGAAGACUGUAGGCGCAAAAUCCUCGACCAUAAAGAGGAAAAUGGCUUCCUGGGCAAAAGAUGUUGGUUUAAAAACCAAUCUAAAUCGCAUGAAUGGAAAUAUGGCUGUCUCGUUUGACUUCCGGGUGGCCAACAAGCUUGUGUUUAAAAGGGUUCGGAACGCUUUAGGAUUGACUCGUUGCACAAAAUGUUAUACUGGAGCAGCUCCGAUAACCAAAGACACUCUGGAGUUCUUCCUUAGCCUCAACAUCCCUGUAUAUGAGCUGUAUGGAAUGAGUGAGAGCUCGGGACCGCACACCAUUUCUGUACCCAAUGCCUUCAGAAUUUCCAGCUGUGGGAAGGAGAUGCCCGGAUGCAAAACAAAAAUCUUCAAUCCUGACGAGGAUGGUUGUGGCGAGAUUUGUUUUUGGGGCAGGCAUGUAUUCAUGGGUUAUCUGCACAUGGAGGAUAAGACCAAAGAAGCAAUUGAUGAGGAUGGCUGGCUACAUUCAGGCGAUCUGGGAAAACAUGAUGAGAAAGGAUUCCUAUAUAUAACAGGAAGAAUUAAAGAGUUGAUUAUUACUGCCGGUGGGGAAAACAUACCUCCUAUUCCCAUUGAAGACGCCGUAAAGGAACGUUUACCAAUCAUCAGCAAUGCCAUGCUGAUAGGAGACAAACGCAAAUUCCUAUCGAUGUUAUUAACAUUGAAGUGCAACGUAAACAGUGAUACUGGUGAGCCGCAGGAUAACCUAACGGAAGAAGCAAUUCAGUUCUGCCAAAAAAUAGGGAGCAAAGCCACGAAGGUGUCAGAAAUCCUAACCAGCAAGGAUGUUGACGUGUAUGGUGCCAUACAGGAAUGCAUCAAAAAUGUGAAUGAAAAGGCUUCUUCAAAUGCACAGCGAAUUCAGAAGUGGCUUCUUUUAGAAAAGGAUUUCUCCGUUACGGGAGGAGAACUGGGUCCAACAAUGAAACUGAAACGGCCUGUUGUGUUGAAGAUGUACAGUGACCAAAUCGAUGAUUUCUACAAGGAUGCAAUAACCCCAAACACUCCAGAUAAUCCACUUACAGCAAAAUAGACUCAAGAGUUACUACAGCAGUGAAACACCGGCUGGAUUUGUACAUUGUUUGUUUAUAUUUUUAAUUUUGCAAUUUUAAACAUUCAUUUUGGCAUUUGUGCCUCAAAUAAACUUUCACGUUCCACAGAUGUUGCCACAAUGAAGAAAUUAAUUAUAUUGCAUCAGUACUUUUCAGGGAUUGGGGUUGUUAAAGAAAUUAGGUGGGAACCAGAACUUUUUUGCUAUAAAUGCUUAGCACUGCAAAAAUGUUAGUUUGAAAGUUCUAUUACCAUAUUUAAAUGUAUGUGUGUACAGGUGAGGAAACUUUAUUUUUGCCAUUAGACUUCCUUUCUGUGGGCAUAUGGCAAACUGUAGUAAACGUGAAAGGUCGGCAACAAACAUUCUGUCUAUAGCAAUGUCUCUUGGAUACAGAAAAAAAUGUCGUUUACAAAAUCCAUGAUGAAUGGCAGAUAUUCUGCUGUGCACGAUUACAGUCUCCAAAGAAGUGUGAUAUCAUAUUACGUUUGAGCAACCACUUGUGUAAAGAUUAUUAUUCCAGGAUUUCCAUUUUUUUUUAUUUUUGUACAGCCCAAAAAAUUUAUUUAAUCUUCUCAAACUUUUGUUGUUUUUGUGGCUAUUUAUUGUUCUUAAAGUAAAAUUGUCAUGAAAUAUAUUUUUAUGUUUCAAAUGUACAUUUUGUAGAGAAUUGUACAGCCCCAUUUGGACAAGCCAAAUAGAAAAACAAAGGACGGGAUUAUUUGGCCCCACCUGCUGCUGGGACCUUCCAGUCCCACCGAAAAUCAGUGGACUUUUGGCUGGUCCGCUGCAUCCCCUGCGGCAAGUGCUGCUACAGCAGGGUCGGAACAUCCUGGCCAAAAAGUUUCAUUUUUAUACAUGAAAAGCCAUAAUAUAAUGUGGCAGUGCUUUAAACUUUGUAAAAUCAUAGAACUGUAGAUUCUUAUAGCACAGGAGGAUCUGGGAAAUAAUGUAUAUGCCAGCUGUCUGAAAGAGCCAUCAAUUUUCUUUUUCAACUAGCCAUCCACUUCUCCUUUUCAAAGCUAUUGUGGGUUCUGCUUUCACCACUGUGCUGCCAUGGCAUUCUGUGCCCUAACCACUCUACAAUUCAAACAAAAGUGCUUCCAAUCUUUCCUUUAUGUCUUUAUAGCAAUUAGUUUACAUUUAUACUUAAACUAUUUUUAUACCUUUAUUGAAUAUCUCUUGUUAGACUUACUUCAACAUUUUCCCACUCUGCAGUAAUAAGAGGCAGAGUCUUAUCUGGUUCUGCUCACAGUUAAAACUUUUCAUUUUAACUCCUUCCACGUUUGCCAAUGAUUUGUAUAUAUUUUUGCAUUUCUGCUUUUGUAACUCUGAACCUAUUAAGACCUGAGAUCCAAGUCUUUUUUUUUUUUACAGAUUUGUGUAACUUAAUCUCUUCCAAUUAGCUGUCUUCUCUUUACUAGUACUUCCAAAAUACGUAUCCUCUUGCUUCUCCACUUUAAAGUCUCGCUUCCCAGUCCAGGAGUUUAGCCUUGACGUCCUGAAAUUGUUCACUACCAUUUUUAUUGUUAACGCUAUUUUUGUUGCCUGUAAAUUUUGUAUCAUCUAGACCCAAGUCCAGAUCACUGAUUUAUAUACCACGAAAUGCAGUGCUCCUUACUGAGCCUUGGAAACACCACUGCUUAAAUCCUUCUGCUGCAUUAGCUACCACUAAUUUCUGUUUCCUUGUCCUUUAGCUAAGUUCUUGUCCACACUGAUACAUUCCCUUUAAUACUGUGCCUUUAAUUUUAAUUUUUAUCAACAAUUCUCCUAUGCAGCAACUUGUCAUUUUGGAAAGUCUGUAUAAAUAUACCCCAUACUUCCUUUGUCAAUAGCUGCAUUAUUUCUACAGCUUGUCAGGUAUUUUACAACCAAUGUUGGUUGUCCUUGAUUCAGUCUGUCUUGUUUCAGUAUUAACUUUAUCCCAAACUUGGAACUCUGGAUGCUUUACCCAUUGUCUUAUGACACUCUAGUUACCUGAUCUAUUCUUUUCACCUUGAUCAGAAGUGUUAUUUGGUAACAUUCCAGUCCUCUCAAUUUCCAUAUCCAAGGGUGCUUGGAAGAUUGUGGUCAGAGCCUCUGCAGCAUUUACAGGAAUGUUUAGCUCCUAUUUAUUGCUAGCCAAAGUUAUGUCAUAUCAUAAUCCCAUAGUAAUUUUAUCAUUCCAAAUUUCAUUCUGCACAGAUUUCUAUCUAAAAUUUGCCUUGAUCUUGCUCUUAAUCCCUCUUCUAAUUGGAGACUUUCCUGCUUUAUUUAAUCUUUCUCUCUUAUUUCCCUUCUGCUUCUUCAUCUUGGUUUCCCCCCGCUCCUACCUAUUUUAAUCCAAAGGAGAUGUACCAAUCCUGUUCAGAUUUGAUGAAUACUAGCCAUUCUGUGGAGGCUAUUUCUGUUCCAGAACUGGUCUCAACACCCCAAUACCCAGGAACAUUUUCCUCUUACACCAAAUCUAGUCACUUUUAAACCCUAUGUGACGAAGUUUAGCAUUCAAGUACAAUUGCAGGGUACUAUCCUUAACAUUCUGCUCUAUAGUCUGUCUCCUAAAUCUUGAAACUCACUAUGCAGCACUCAUCUAUUCCUCACUAUAGUUCUGAUAUGACUCAUGACUUUCAACUGAUCUCCUGCCCCAUUUUAUUUUUUUUCCACAGCUCUACCUGGCACCUGGAAGACAACAUGCCAUUUGGAGUUCUUGGUUAUAGUUACAAAACUGCCUGUUCUUGCCCCUGGCUACAAUAGAGUUCUCGGUGGUAGAUAGAUCAAUGAAACUGGGGGAUUGGUGAAUGGGUUUUGUGCGGAAUAGGAGGGUAGACCAUGGAAGACCAGUGAGGAGUGCAUUGGAACAUUCGAGCCUAGGUGUAACAAAGACGUGGAAUUGAAUUGGUGUUUGAAAGGGACUAUAAAAUGACGUAAGUAAAAUUAGGUUAGAAUCGAUGGCUUCGGUUGAACUACCACUGACAGGUACACUAGACUGCAAAGGCCUCCUGUGCUGUAAUUUCUAGGAUAACAUGCAAAAAGUGCCUAAAAACUUAAUGCUGGGACUAAAUUUUCAAAACCUUUUAUUAUUGUACAUGUUUAUUUGAAACACUUUUGAGUUCUUACUUAAAAAUUGAUAUUUGCCAGUUUUGAAUUGUUCAGCACUAAUGUUAAUUUUUGAUUGAAGGGGACAUAUUAACCAGAGAAAAAGUAAUCCAUUGAGCCACCUCUGGAUUCUUUUGUUGCUAGGAAUGAUGCUUUGGCAGUAACUUUACUAUGCCACAAAAACAUAAAGCACAUCUCUGUUCUUUUUAAAGUUCUAUGAAUAAUUUAUACAGUGGUUUUAAUAACAGUUGUCCAAGAUAAAAUUAUGUUUUUCUCUUAAGUUGUGAAAUACACAAUUUGAAUCUUAUUUUGCCCAAGUGAGGAAGUAAUAGGUAAUUCCUUUAUAUUAUGGUUAAUAUUAAUGUACUCCAUCUAAUGUAUGCAGGCUGCCAGUUUUUAAACUGAGCACAAUUCCAUAAAGGUAUCAGAAAUGGCAACAUAAAAGCUUAAGUUUGAAAACAUUGCCCAGUUAGCAUUUCUGUCACAUUAUUGUUUGAAGAAUUAUUUCUGGUUUUUUGCAUUAGCGAUAUUUUGGCUAUCAUGUUAAUAUAUUUGCAACAAGUCACAAUAUGAAAGAUCCCUACUAGGAGUAUAAUUAUUGCUAUUUUCUAUGAAUGAUAACAUCCAGACUGUAUUCAGUGUAAAUAUGGGUAUUGUAUUUGGUAAAUUAUCAGAUUCUAUUGCUGCAGCAGACUGUAAAUUUUGCAUGAACAUGUAAUAUGCAACGUUGAACAUUUGCAUUUUUCAUAGCAUCGUGUUUGGAUGUUCCAAAUAAAGUUGUGAACUCA